AUGAUCCGCGCUUCGGGGACAGCAAGCGAAGGCUCCGGGCCCCUGGCGAACAGCACCCGGCCCUCCUGGAGGCCCGAGCGCCGUGGCGAACUCGCGGGCAGGCCCAGUUUUUCAAGGGCCGAGGGGCGGCCGAGGCACGGCGCCCGCGGGCGUCCCCCCGGGGCGGAUUCCGACGGCCCGUCUCCGCCCCCUCCAAAGAUGCGCCAUAGCCAGCAGCCGCGCCAGGCGGAGCCCAGCCAGCCAGGUGGCCGUCCGAGGCGCGCCGUCGCCGGGCUGCAGAUCGGCCCCGGCGGGCGGGCAGCAUUGGCAGGGGGCGCCGUCACUCUCCGGCGCGCCCGGCUCGAAUUGGACGCCCGACGGCGCCCGGCGCGCCCGCCCAGUCGCCAGGGACAGCUCCGGUGCCUGGCCUCGGGAGGGCGCCGGUGCCGCAGUGCCCACCCGCCCGAACGCCCGCGCCCGGCUCCCCCACUGCCCUUUGUGCCAGCCCUGCCUUCCUCGCCCGCCCGCCCGCCCGCCCGAAUGCCGCGCCCGGGGCAGCCGAUGGCGCCCGGCGGGACUAGUUCGGCGGCCGGCCGGGCGCUGUCCGACGCCGCCCAGAAGGCGCAAGCGGGCCGAGGCGAGCCCAGGCGCGGGCUGGCUCCCUCUCCGCACCGCCAGACGCCCAGCUCGGCCCGCCGCCGCCUUACCGCUGCCGUGGAGAGGGGCGCGCCGGGCUGCGGCGAGGCUGGUGCGAAGCGUGGCCGGGCUCCGGCGCCCCGAAGCAGGCGAGCGAGCGCCCGGCCGGCGGAGAAACAAAAGGUAGUUGCUGACGUGGGCGUUGGAGAGAGACGCCCGAGGGCCGGGGACACAAUUAAAGGGGCAACGCAGCCAGCGCGGCAGGAGAGGAGCCAGGCGCGCAGGCGAAGGCAGGCAGAGGGAGGGAAGGAGGAGAGCCCCUCGGGCGCCCGCCCGCCCGCCUACCCUGCACUGUGCGCGGCCGGAGGGGCCUCGCCCGCAGCUCUGCGCACGCCCACUGGCCGCCCAGGGGGCCCCGAGAGCCCUCCUCCAGGCGGCGCCGGGCGGGCGCCGGGCUCCCUCGCCGCCCGGGCCCGAUGGAACGCCGCACAGCGUCAGGCCCCGGGAACGGCCACUUGCGCGGCGCCCGAGCGCGAGAGGCAGCGGCCCGGUUCCCACGCCAUGCCGCGCCAGCACAAAGGCCCGCGCGGAUAG